CGCAAUGUUCGCUGCCAAAACGGGCAGACGAGUGAUGUGAAAAUUGUCAAAUAUUUUGUGCGAGGUGGUGUUCCGCGGUGAACUUGAUUGUGUUCCAGAAGAUCGUUGCGAUGUCCAGUACCCUGGAGAAUAAGAUUUUAAAAAUGCAAGCACGCCUCAAAGCGGAAAAUGAGUCGAGGGACAGAGACAGACAGAGUAACGAGGUUGGACCAGGAACGGGCCUUCAGUCGUCAUCCACAGGGACUGGUUCGAGCCCUGCCUCACGACCUCCGAUUCCAACUCUGAAAGUCUCACAGAUACCACCAAAAAAACAAGACAGCGAAUUUGAGUCAAAGCUACAAGAAAUUAUGAAAAUGAAUGGUAUUUUGAACAUCAAUGGACAGAGGUAUCAAACAGAAAUGAAAGACUUGGAGCACUUAGGCGAAUUAGGAAAUGGUACCUGCGGGCAUGUUGUUAAAAUGAGGCAUAAACCUAGUGGUGUACUGAUUGCUGUUAAACAAAUGCGACGUUCUGGCAAUGCAGAAGAAAAUAAAAGGAUAAUUAUGGAUCUUGAUGUUGUGCUGAAAUCGCACGACUGUCCAUAUAUUGUGCAAUGUUUGGGAUGUUUCAUUACAGAAUCCGAUGUAUGGAUUUGUAUGGAAUUAAUGGCAACUUGCUUGGACAAAUUAUUGAAAAGAACUAGACAGGCAAUGCCUGAAGAAUUUUUAGGAAAAGUUACAGUAGCUACAGUAAAAGCAUUAUCAUACUUAAAAGAAAAGCAUGGUGUAAUUCAUAGAGAUGUGAAGCCUAGUAAUAUUCUUCUUGAUGAUAAGGGAGGAGUAAAAUUAUGCGAUUUUGGUAUAUCUGGUAGACUAGUUGAUAGUAAAGCAAAAACUAGAAGCGCGGGAUGUGCCGCGUAUAUGGCUCCUGAAAGAAUAGAUCCGCCAGAUCCAACGAAACCAGAUUACGAUAUCAGAGCAGAUGUAUGGAGUUUGGGUAUUACUUUAGUGGAAUUAGCUACAGGAGUAUUCCCUUAUCGAGAUUGUAAGACUGACUUUGAGGUACUGAGCAGAGUAGUACAAGACGAUCCUCCAUCCCUUCCACAAGAAGCAUCUUUUUCGAAAGAAUUUCGAAGCUUCGUGAGUUGCUGCCUUACGAAAAAUUAUAAGCAUCGUCCGAAGUAUCAUAAACUCAUGGAGCAUCCUUUCAUUCGGAAGUACGAUGUAUCUCAAGACGAAGAAACGAACUCCUCGGUCUUAAAUUCUGGCUGCCAAUGGUUUGGCAGAGUUAUGCGACAAUUAGAGCCAAGUUUCAGAUUGCCAGGAUGGCAGCCGCGAGUCACGACGGGUCAUGUAUCUCUGAAGCAAACAGCUCACCUCAGGGCUCAAUCUGAAGUACCGGCUUUCUUGCGAAGCAACGUCACCAAAGACUCACAGAACUCCAAUUUUCUGCCAUUUCAUCAACGAUCAAAUAGUGAGAAUGGUGCGAACUAUGUAUCUUAUAGUCCAUACGCGCUUAGACGAAAGGAAAUUUCCAGGCCGUUUUCUCCUCCUUCGUCCAAUGAUGUUGACACACCGGAAACGAAUUUUCAACGACCGUAUUCACCGUAUAGACAUGUCGAACAAAACAGAGACUAUACCUCGAAUCACUGUUCUACUAAUGGACAAGGUAGACAGGAAGGAAGACCGUUCUCUCCUUAUAGGCAGGAUGCUAAUUCAAUAGACGCGAGUAACAGGCUCUAUUCACCGUACCAUGGACGCUUCACCGAAGAGCGGGACACCAGCAAAGAACGAUGGCAAGGUGCCCCUAGAUCUCUGAGUCCGUUUGCUCGGGACUAUUCGCCGUGGAGGCGAGAAAACGUUGAUCCUCCAAAUGUAAUACAACCGACAGAGAGUGGUCGGUACUCGCCAUUUUUACAGCAACGACUAGGACAAACUCCACCCGCGCCACAGACUCAUCCACAGGCGCAGGAUAUCUACGGUAGUCCCAUGAUUAGUCGUAAAAGGUUUCCCUCUGAACCACCACCACAAGGGUCUCAUGGGUCCACCAGCCCAGAGUUACUAAUUUCCCGUUUUGCACACCAAAUGAAGCAAGAUUCUCCAUCCUCUAUACCACCCGCUCAAGGUGGAUCCAAGGAAUCUGCUAAGAAACGUUUCGCUUCUUACGUUCGUCUCAGGCUCGGAAGUGAACGGGCACCAUCGCCAGAACCGCCCCCAAGAUUGAGUCGUGGCGAAUCGCCUCUAGCUCUUAGAAGGAACCUGGUUGAUCAAGCAUCUCCUUCUUUUGCGCGAAGGUACAUUUCAUCUUCACCACCUCAACCUCCUCCGAGAAGAUUGUCAGAGAGCAACUCCGUACCUGGUAGUCCUCAGCAUGUGCGAGCCCGUCUACGUUACACCCCCGAACCUCAGAGGAGACCUCCGCCACCAUAACCCACCGUUACGAUGAGAUCAUAUUCCUUGUUGGUGCCAUAUGCGUUAAAAUUAACUGAACCGAUCAUAUGUACCACGUAGAAUGGUGUUGUAAUCAACGACGGUCGGUGCGCACGCAAAGUGGUGUGCCUGUGCACAAUGUACUUGAAAACGAUUCUAAACCAAAAAAUAGUUGUUUGUAAUACUCGGCGACACCGUGAACUGUACGAUGUACGUAUUUUAAGAUAAAUAGACCUCGAAUACGUACCGUGUACGAUAUUAUUAGCGAAAAUGUUCGCGGAAAGGAAUAUGAGGAAAACGAAACAUAAUUCUGCUCCUGAGAUUCGAGAGAGGAUGGUCUUUGAAAAUUUCAAUAUUCGCACGACUUUCUUUCGUGGCUGUAAACGUAACGCGUUGAACUACUUCUGUCAAUAAUUCUCUUGUCGACGUGUAUUUAUAUAGGAUGCAAUCACCGAUGCAAUACGAUGCUCAACUUUUUAUAUUGCUUGUAAAGAUAUAAAUAAAUGUAGUAUGUUCGACGUUUUUCUAAAAAAAAAGGAGAAAAAUGGGAAAAAGAAGAAAAAAAUGCAAAGACAAAAAGAAAAAAGGCAAAAAAAGAAAAGAAAAUCGUUAAUAGGAGAUGCGGCAUCGUACUGAACGCGUAAACCGUUCCUAUCACUCUUCGUUUACGCUUCUUUUUUUAAUCGAGAGACACAUGUGAGAAAAGUAUUUCGAACAAACACUCGCGCGAAAAGAGCUCCCAUCCUCGGGCGGCCUUGCAGUUAAUCUCUGCAACUCGACUUAGCAACGGCGACGUUUUUUCACAAUUUAAUUAUCGUUUGUAACAAUACCAAACGUAUACAGCGAUCGCAGUCAGGGAGUCGAUCGAAUGGAAACCAAAUCGUAAGAACUAUUAACGACGCCUCCAUAAGGAAAGCACAAUAUUCACGUCUCCUAGAUUCUAUGAAUUUCAAACAAAUGUAUAUUAUUUAAUUCAGAGGCGUGUUUGGGCUAGAAUGUUGUAAUUAUUAUUUUUAACAUUUAUUCAUUAACUUUGUUCAAUCUACACUAGUAAUCACCUUUGUCGCUUAUUUGACAAAAGGAUCUGUUGCAAUGUAAAUAAACUUAUAUUUAUACGA